CUUCUGAACACCACAAUUGGUUAAGACUCCAAUAUGAAAGUGUUCUUUGUUCUAGCAGCCUUGUUGGCAGCAGUUACUGCCCUGCCCGUUGAGGAGCGCAUCAAUGGCGAGAAUGGCUGGUUCAUCCCCAAGGUUGAUGGCAGCUUCGAGUGGAUGGAGCUGAAGGAUGCCGAGGAGCUGCUUUCCCGCGGCGAGCAAAUGGAGGGCCGCAUCAGCACCAACGCUGUCAAGUUCUACCUCUACACCAGGUCCAACCCCACUGAUGGCAAGGAAAUCAAGUCCACGGCAUCGUCUAUCGACGGAUCCCACUUCAACAGGGACCAUGGCACCCGUUUCGUCAUCCACGGCUGGACCCAAAGUGCCCAGGACGACAUGAACACCCGCAUCACCAAGGCCUGGCUGUCCCGCGGCGACUACAAUGUGAUUGUUGUGGACUGGGCCCGUGCCCGUUCCGUUGACUACGCUUCCUCCGUGAUGGCUGUUUCCGGAGCAGGCAAAAAGGUCGGAGAGAUGAUCAAGUACCUGAACGAGCAUCACGGCAUGUCUCUGGACAGUUUGGAGGUCAUUGGCCACAGUCUGGGAGCUCAGGUUUCUGGUUAUGCUGGCAAGACUGUUGGCAAGGGACGCAUUCAUUCUAUUGUCGGUCUGGACCCUGCCCUGCCCCUCUUCAGCUACAACAAGCCCGACAAGCGUCUCUCCAGCGAUGAUGCUCACUAUGUGGAGUCCAUCCAGACCAACGGCGGCAAACUGGGAUUCCUCAAGCCCAUCGGCAAGGGCGCCUUCUACCCCAAUGGUGGCAAGAAGCAGCCAGGAUGUGGUGUGGACGUUACUGGCUCUUGUUCCCACGGUCGCUCCGUUCUGUAUUACGCUGAGGCCGUCACCCAGGACAACUUCGGAACCAUCAAGUGCCACGACUACGAGGCAGCUGUGUCCAAGGAGUGCGGCAGCACCUACAGCAGCGUCCGCAUGGGUGCCGUGACCAAUGCCUACAUGGUCGAUGGUGACUUCUAUGUGCCCGUGAACAGCAAGGCUCCAUUCGGCAAAAUCGAAUAGAGAUCUGUGCCUUCUCGCAACAACAGCAACUAGAGCUAAGCUCCAUUCGGUGAGACCGAAUAGAGAACUCUGCUCAACCAACCCAAUAAAUUGUUGAAAUAUU